ACAAGCGACACUCGAUUUCUUCACUCCUCGUCGACUGCUUCGCUUAACAAUUGAAAAAGUGUGCCAAGGGUUUUGACUCUCUUCGUUUGUUACGGCGAAUAUCUCCGCAUCUUCAGCGAUUUUCCGGCGACGUUUACUCUGCCUUCCUCCGACACCGCCGUUUAACUCCAUCGUGCCAGCUUAAGCAAUCGAGGUACCCAUUUUAGUGUGUUUUGAGGUAUACCAGAGAUGGACAUUAAUGAGAUGGAUAUUGACGAGAUCGAGACUGCUGGGCAGAUCAAUCUUUCUGAGCUAGGAGAAAGUUUUCUCCAAAGUUUCUGCAAAAAAGCUGCAACAUCCUUCUUUGAAGAGUUUGGACUUAUAAGUCAUCAGCUCAACUCCUACAACUUCUUCAUCGAACAUGGGCUUCGGAAUGUGUUUGAGUCCUUUGGUGAAAUGCUUGUGGAACCGUCUUUUGAUGUAGUAAAGAAGAAGGAUGGCGAUUGGAGAUACGCAACAGUGAAAUUCGGAGAAGUCACCUUUGAGAAACCCACAUUCUUUUCGGAUGACAAGGAGCUUGAGUUUCUCCCAUGGCAUGCCAGGCUUCAGAACAUGACAUACUCAGCAAGGAUCAAAGUGAAUGUCCAAGUUGAGGUGUUCAAAAAAACUGUUGUUAAAAGCGACAAAUUCAAGACAGGACAAGAUGAAUAUGUCGAGAAGGAGAUACUGGAUGUCAAAAAGCAGGACAUUCUAAUUGGUAGCAUUCCUGUCAUGGUGAAAUCUGUCCUUUGCAAAACAAGCGAGAAAGGAAAAGAAAACUGCAAAAAGGGGGAUUGUGCCUUUGAUCAGGGUGGUUAUUUUGUGAUAAAGGGGGCUGAGAAGGUGUUUAUAGCUCAAGAACAGAUGUGCACAAAGAGACUGUGGAUUUCUAAUUCACCAUGGACUGUCUCCUUCAGGUCCGAAACUAAAAGAAAUAGGUUCAUUGUGCGCCUCUCGGAGAAUGAGAAAGCAGAAGACUAUAAGAGAAGGGAGAAAGUACUGACAGUGUACUUCUUGUCGACUGAGAUUCCAGUCUGGCUCUUGUUCUUUGCGCUGGGUGUUUCGUCAGACAAAGAAGUCAUGGAUCUAAUUGCUUUUGAUGGUGUUGAUGCAAGCAUUACCAACAGUCUCAUAGCUUCUAUCCAUGAAGCUGAUGCAGUUUGUGAAGCUUUUCGCUGUGGGAACAAUGCCCUAACAUAUGUUGAACAUCAGAUCAAAAGCACCAAAUUCCCUCCUGCUGAAAGUGUGGAUGAUUGCCUCCGUCUGUAUUUGUUUCCAGGCCUCCAAGGUUUGAAGAAGAAAGCCCGAUUCCUGGGCUAUAUGGUGAAGUGCCUUCUGAGCGCGUAUGCGGGAAAACGAAAAUGUGAAAACAGGGACAGUUUCCGGAAUAAGCGAAUUGAGCUCGCUGGAGAACUGUUGGAAAGGGAAAUAAGGGUGCAUCUGGCACAUGCUAGGAGAAAGAUGACAAGGGCCAUGCAGAAACAACUCUCAGGCGAGGGAGAAUUGAAGCCUAUUGAGCAUUAUUUGGAUGCUUCCGUUAUCACAAAUGGGCUUAAUAGAGCCUUCUCCACUGGAGCAUGGUCUCAUCCUUUCAGGAAGAUGGAAAGGGUUUCAGGUGUUGUUGCUAAUUUGGGUCGUGCAAAUCCAUUGCAGACUCUGAUUGAUCUGAGGAGAACACGACAGCAAGUCCUAUAUACCGGCAAGGUUGGAGAUGCUAGAUAUCCGCAUCCCUCUCACUGGGGCAGAGUAUGCUUUCUGUCAACUCCAGAUGGUGAAAAUUGUGGUCUAGUGAAGAACAUGUCUCUUCUUGGACUUGUUAGCACUCAAGUUUUGGAGUCUGUGGUGGAAAUGCUCUUUGCUUGUGGAAUGGAAGAGCUGAUGGAUGAUACCAGCACACCAUUGUGUGGCAAACACAAAGUUCUUCUCAAUGGAGACUGGGUUGGAUUAUGUGCAGAUUCUGAAUCCUUUGUCGCGGAGUUAAAAAGCAGGCGGCGCCAAAGUGAAUUACCUCGUGAGAUGGAAAUCAAGCGAGAUAAAGAUGACAAUGAGGUGAGAAUUUUCACUGACGCUGGUAGACUACUCCGACCUCUCUUGGUUGUGGAAAAUCUCCACAAGUUGAAGCAAGACAAACCUACACAGUAUCCUUUUAAGCAUCUUCUUGACCAAGGGAUUCUCGAGCUGAUCGGGAUCGAGGAAGAAGAAGACUGUAAUACAGCAUGGGGAAUCAAACAGCUUCUGAAGGAACCCAAGAAUUACACGCAUUGCGAAUUGGACCUGUCAUUCCUGUUGGGUGUGAGCUGUGCAAUUGUCCCAUUUGCAAAUCACGAUCAUGGGAAAAGAGUUCUCUACCAGUCCCAGAAGCAUUGCCAACAAGCAAUUGGAUUCUCAUCAACGAACCCUAACAUCCGCUGCGAUACGCUGUCCCAGCAGCUGUUCUAUCCCCAGAAGCCACUGUUCAAGACAUUGGCGUCGGAGUGUCUUAAAAAAGAAGUUCUUUUUAAUGGCCAGAACGCAAUUGUUGCUGUGAAUGUUCAUCUCGGGUACAACCAAGAGGAUUCCAUUGUGAUGAACAAGGCUUCAUUGGAACGUGGUAUGUUCCGUUCAGAGCAGAUUAGAAGCUACAAAGCAGAGGUUGAUACUAAAGACUCGGAGAAGAGGAAGAAGAUGGAUGAGCUUGUUCAGUUUGGAAAGACAUACAGCAAAAUCGGCAAAGUAGACAGCCUUGAAGAUGACGGGUUUCCUUUCAUUGGUGCUAACAUGAGUACUGGAGAUAUUGUCAUUGGCAGAUGCACCGAUUCUGGGGCUGAUCACAGUAUAAAGCUCAAGCACACUGAGAGAGGAAUUGUGCAAAAAGUGGUAUUAUCAUCUAAUGAUGAAGGGAAGAAUUUUGCUGCGGUUUCUCUGAGACAGGUUCGUUCUCCAUGCCUUGGAGAUAAGUUUUCCAGUAUGCAUGGCCAGAAGGGUGUUUUAGGCUAUCUAGAGGAACAGCAGAAUUUUCCUUUCACGACCCAAGGCAUAGUUCCUGAUAUUGUUAUAAACCCGCACGCUUUCCCUUCUAGGCAAACACCAGGUCAACUCUUGGAGGCUGCUCUCUCCAAAGGAAUCGCUAGUCCUAUACAAAAGAAGGAGGGUAGCUCUGCUGCAUACACCAAAUUGACACGUCAUGCCACUCCUUUCUCCACUCCGGGUGUCACUGAAAUCACCGAGCAGCUUCACAGGGCCGGCUUUUCAAGAUGGGGAAACGAAAGGGUCUACAAUGGUAGAUCGGGUGAGAUGAUGCGUUCUCUGAUAUUCAUGGGCCCAACUUUCUACCAGCGACUUGUCCACAUGUCAGAGGACAAAGUCAAGUUCAGGAACACCGGACCAGUCCACCCGCUCACACGUCAGCCAGUCGCAGACAAGAAGAGGUUUGGCGGAAUAAAAUUUGGAGAAAUGGAGCGAGACUGUCUAAUAGCUCACGGUGCAUCCGCUAAUCUGCACGAGCGUCUCUUCACGCUAAGUGACUCUUCUCAGAUGCACAUCUGCAGAAAAUGUAAGAGCUAUGCGAAUGUGAUCGAGAGGACUCCAAGCAGUGGAAGAAAGAUCAGAGGGCCAUAUUGCAGAGUCUGCGCAUCCUCAGACCAUGUGGUUAGGGUCUAUGUUCCGUAUGGAGCUAAGCUUCUGUGUCAGGAGCUGUUCAGCAUGGGCAUCACUCUCAACUUCGACACCAAGCUCUGCUGAUUCCCCGCCUUUAUUAUGUAUAUGGCUUAAUGCCUUAAGACCAUGUUAUGUGUAGUUUGCUUCAGGUUGUGGUUAGUAUUGGUUUUGGUUUGGUUGAUUCCGAACCUAAGAAAUCCUUUAACCAAGC